AGAAAUGUUGAGGUUUUGAUGAAUUUUCUCUUUAAACCCGCUGCACUGUGUGUAGAGUAGAGAGGGUAUCCCCAGGGCACGCGGGCGCCACCAGGCGGGGGGAAUAAGCAGCGCUCCGAGGCCCCGAAACUAAAAGUAGUCGGGACUGAUUUAGCCGGAGUUACGGAGCUGAAUUAAAGUAAGGAUGGAGGAUGAGGACGUGUCGGAUAACUGGGAGGACGCGGCGGACAGCGGGGAGAUUGAGAGACGACUGGAGGCGAAACUGAAGAUCAGUCAAAAAUCUAAUAACCAAAGUUUGCCUGUUAAAACUGCGGUGGUGAUUCAAGACGAUUCGCUGCCUGCAGCCCCGCCUCCACAGAUCCGGAUCCUGAAGCGACCCCCCAGCAAUGGCUCUCUGGGGCAGCAGGUGGCGUCGCGACCGGCGCAGCAGGUGAAGUCUCUGGCUCAGAGAGAGGCGGAGUACGCUGAGGCCCGAAAGAGGAUUUUGGGGAGUGCUGAAGAACCAUCUCAGGACAGGCCAGAUGCAGACAGACCCGCCAUCACCAGUGCUCCUUCGGAAUCUCUGCGGCCAAACAAUCACAUAAUCCGCCAACCACUGGGGCCGGACGGCACCGCAGGCUUCCGCCUCAGCAGAUAGAAAGAAAGAAAGAGAGAGAGAGGGCGAGAGACAUGGAGGUAGAGAGAGGGUGAAUGAGCAAGAGAGAGAAAGAGAUGAAGAUGCUAUCUUGUGCAGAAGGGAGUUUUAACAGUAUGGAGACAGACUUAACGUAGGUUUUGAGGAACAGAGGAGCAUGAGCUUGCCUGCUUUGCUCCGAACCUCAUCUCCUUUCCUUUUUCUUCUUCUUUCCUGCUGGAUGUGCAGAGACAGCACCUCCGGGGAAGAAGGGAUGAAGCCAAAGCGUCUCUCUGGCUGGGCCAUGCUAUGACAGGGCCAUUUCUCUCUCUGUUUUAGGACUCUAUACACUGUGCAUUUCCUCAGUAACACUCCCCUUUGUCACGUUUUGGAGUUUGAGGCGCUCCAGGGUGGGGGGGAUAGGUGUGAUAAAGCCCCAGUCAGGAGUUGCUGCAGCUGAGAAAGCAGCAGUUUUAGCAUUGUAUUACAAACAGAAGACGCAUUAGAAUAAAGCCAGGGCUAUUCUAAUGAAGGCUGCGGGCAUUGCUUUAAGCAAGUACACACGCCCGCUGUAAUAUGUGAGCUACAGUUGGCACGAUAUCACCUUUUUGUCUUUUCUGAUACUGAAAACGUAAGUAUUGUCUGAUACUCAAGUGUAUAUUGAAUGAUAUAUUUAUUUUGUUUAAAAAGUGCUAAGAUGUAAAAUGAACUUUAUAUAUUUGUAAAAUGUGCUCAAGCUGUACUAUCCCACACUUUUUGUGGGUUACAGUGUGAAGUUAUUAUAUGGUUACUGAUAUCACAUAGCAUACUAUCUGACAGAACUGGAUCUGAAUUCCUGAUCCAGAAUUUUCUGCUGCUUUUGGCUGAAUACCAGCGUGCCAUCACUAAUUUAUACAUGCUAGACAUAUAAUAUAGUUCUUACCAUGAUUAAUACUAGUAUUUUUCUGCUCCAACUCACCCGUAAAAACUACCUAUUUGCAAGUUCAUCUAUUUAAAGGAGAACUCUGGUGUAAAAUUGACUUUUGGUGUAGUAAAACAUGAUAAAAAGUACUUUUUUUGUUGAAUAGCACACCUCUGCUCUCCUACAGCUUUGUGAGAUACAGUAAUUUUGUGUUUUUUGCUCAGCACUCUGUACAACGGCCGUAUCGGGGUAUAUUUUUUAUUUUGCCCUGAUAAAUCGUUUUUUACACCAUUGUCCAGAAGCUCCACACCUCCUUGGUAGAAUCUGCAGAGCCCUGGCAUUUAAAUUGAGCCAUUAAUAACCUAAAAAGUGCACAGGAAGCUUAUUAAAAAACACUGUUUACAUCCCAUAGUGCUUCUUUGUAGCUCUGGGCGCCGCCAUCACUGUACUGAUAAUGACAGACAUUAUAUACAUAGACGUACAUAGAAUUUUUACCCGAUUUUCACUCGGUUUGGUUUGUUACAAAGGGCCCAAAGCUACAAAGAUAAGGAGAAGUGUUUUAAUAAGCUUCUUCAGUGGAUUUGUAUGUCAGGGCUCUCCGGAUUCUACUAAGGUGGUGUGGAGCUACUUUAAGCCUGGAUAAUGGUGUGAAAAGCAUUUUACUGGGGCAAAAUAUGCCCUGAUACAGCCGUCGUACAGAGUUCUUGGCAAAAAGCACAAAAUACUGUAUCUCAGAAAGCUGUAGAAGAGUGGAGGUGUGCUAUUCAAUAAAAAUGUUUAUCAUGUUUUACUACAUCAAAAGUCCAUUUUACACCAGAGUUCUCCUUUAAGCUCUGCCCAGAAAUUAAUAUUCUCCCUAAUAAGUGUCAAACACACUCUCUAAAUGUGAAAAAUAUUAUUAUAUACACUGAAUUGGAGCCACAGCCUCUCAUAAGUGUCCACCAAAGCUAAUCCACUAUCACAUUAACAGUAGCUACAGUACAACAUGUUAGUAGGCAGAGCCUGAAGAGGGGUGAUUAUGAACUCAUCUUAAACUCAGUCUUGUCUGUGUGUCAUAAAACCAGUGAUUUGUGCUGCGUGAGAGAAGGAGUAUCAGAGUGUAAUGAGUGUUUACAAAACCGCACCCAAACAGAGCAUAUAUAUAUAUAUAUAUAUGUAUA